AUGAGAUAUGCUUUUUUUCUUUUUUUCUUUCUUUUAAUAUUUAUAAAUUAUAAAGUAAGAUUGGUAAAAUGCAGCGAGGUAGCCAUUGUUUCUAAUCCAGGAAACACAUUUUUUUUAUCCUUAAAUAAAAUAAAAAUAACAACAUUGGAUAUAUUAAGUGAUUAUAGGAAAGAACGGAAUAUUAUUACAAAAGUGUUUGAAAAAAAUCAACACGAAAAUGAUUACAUUUUUAUCAAUGAAAAAAUAAAUUCCUAUAAUUCGAUAAAUAUAACCUGCACAUUUAAAGUGAAAAAAAAAAUCACCAAGACAAAUUUUUUAGUACUUUUAGUAAAACAUUUUGAAGGAGAUAUAGAUCAUUUAAAAAGAGAUGAGACAUUUAUAUUUACAAAUACAUAUGAAAAUGAUUUAAUAAUUUCAAAUUUAUCACUUUUAUUAGUUAACUUAACAGCAAUUACUGGGUACUAUAAAUUUGAUGUUUUUAUAACAGACGGACAAGAUAAUUUUAUAUUUUUUAAACUUAUAAAAAUAUUUUUUCAUUUUCAUAAUAAUAUACCAAUAAUAGAAUACCCAGCAAAAAGAGAGACAAUAAAAAAAGGAGAUGGAAGCAAGAUUAUAGAGCAUAUUUGUAAAAACAAAUUAAUGAUAAAUAAUAAUUCAUUAAAUGUGUUUAACAAAUUAGUUGUUCAUAAUUUUAAGGAAUAUUAUCCACAACCUUUAAUUUCCAAGAGAGAAUAUUUUACACACAAUUAUCAUGCGAUAUCCCUUUUUUUAUUAAAAGGAAAUAGCAUCGCAAUGAAGGUAUCUUAA